AUGAGUACGCGGACGACUUUUAGCAUGGCCAAGGACAGACUCUGGCGGAUUCGACCCGCAAUUGUAAGAUCUGCGGAGGUAUGGUGGCAGGGUUCAACAUCGCAAAAUACGUUUGAAGAAGAAUUCAUCGUAACGUCGCCAGUGGAACCGCAGGCCUAUGUUGAGUCUGCACUGAUAAAAGAUAAGGAUUCACAGCAAUCUCUCCUGAAGACCUCUGAAUAUACCAAGAAUACGGAGUCGAGGCAUCCAUUCCCGGACGACUUCGACACCGCCCUCGACUACCUCUUCUCUAUAAUUCCCAACGAAAUGUACCUCCGAGAGCUCCUGCGGCCCGUGAUAGGCACGGGUGUGGAGAAGCUGCGUGAGCUCGGUCUACGCACGCGCGCAUACAGACAAUUUUUCGAAGCCUGGGAGAAACUCCACCUCGUCAUUGAAGACAAUGAUAAUACCUACGUUCGGGACAAUCUCGUCCCUUAUAUGCGUGCUAAAUUCAGCGAGCAAACCUUUCCUGAGGCGCUCCACAAAUACGAAUCCUAUCGUCACUUCCUCGCCAAAUUCUCCGCGCUGUUAUUUCCGUGGACGAGCCCAUACUUCGGAGAUCAUAUGAGCCUGCACAUAUCCUCACACCGUGGAGGUCGCGGCAUCGUGUUUACGGCGGGCGACAACCACGCGCCCUUCCUCCUCGUUGCUAUCCCUUCUCUCCGCACCCUUGGUUGCGAGCUGCCCGUCGAAAUCAUGUAUCUCGGCGACAGCGACUUGAGCGAAGACUUCCGAGCCGAGCUCGAAGCUCUCCCUGGCGUGGUGACGCGUGACCUCUCCGCUAUGGUCAGCGAUGAGGGCUGGCGGCUCACCGGAUGGGCCGGUAAGCCGUUCUCCAUCCUCUUCUCGUCUUUCCGCGAAGUCAUCUUCAUCGACGCAGACUCACUGUUUUUCGUCAAUCCCGAGGUGCUCUUCAAUGACGAGGACUACAUGCGCACGGGCGCCCUGUUUUUUAAAGAUAGGAUGAUCAUGCCCGAGAGCAAAAAAAGGUGGCUACAGCUGAUCUUGCCAAAGCCGAUUUCGAAACUGGUACGGCAGAGCAGGUUGUGGACUGGGGAAAGUGGGCAUAUGCAAGAGUCCGGUGUUGUAGUUGUGGAUAAGUGGACACACUUUGUUGCCUUAUUACUAGUAAGCAGAAUGAAUGGGCCCGAUAGGGAUGGGAAUAAGAUGGCGGGGAUUGUGGGAACCUAUGAUAUGGUCUAUGGUUUGUCUCUCGUCCCCAUUUUAGCUCAUCCCGUCUAUCUUACUAAUACCAAUGAAAACCUAGGCGACAAGGAGACCUUCUGGAUCGGUUGGGAGCUCGCCGGCGACACCUCCUAUGCUUUCCACCCUGGUGCAACCGGCAUAAUGGGCGUCGUUCAGGAUCCCAGAAACUUCAACCCACCCAACAACCUAACCGCCUCGGACCUCGACCAGGGCUUUAACCAGGGCUUUACGGCUACCGCCACGAAACGAUACCGCAAAAUGGCACCUGGUCAUGAAGCUGACCUCACCAUCUGCGGCCCCCAACUCCUCCAUCUGGACCGCGACAAGCGCCCUUUGUGGUUCAAUGGGUGGCUGUACAAGAAUAAGUAUGCGGGAACUAAACAGGAGAUCGGUCAGUUCGAGGUGUUUAUGGAAGAGCCGAAUGAAGUGUUGGAACCAGGAGCAUGGCAGUUAGAGGAGAACAAUGUGUGCUGCUUGUCAAAUGCGGCGACACUGGAUUUUACAGAUAAGGAGACGGAGUGGCUGGGGAAACUGGUUAAAAUGGCAAUGAUAUGA